AUGGCGAGCCCGGAGACCGUCAAAGCAAAGUUCACCCUAUUCUACUCGCCCAGGGUGUGGUGGAAAAGCAUCUUCAUAGGUUUUUCUCGAAAGCGGAGUGGCGGAUACAGAGGAUGGGCCCUAACCUUAUCUUCGCUUGCAGCUGGCGUCAGCAUACUCGGCAUCUCAGCCUUCUCGUCGUCCCUGUUAGUUGCAAAGGAUGUUUUGACAAAGGAGAGUGUGCAACUACAACGAUACGCAGCUGGUCAGACAACGGGGAAAGAGUUAUUACCUAUUCAACUUGUACCCCGAAGAGAUACUUACUCCCGCACUAUCAGUGGAUAUCUUUUCAACGUCUCCACAUCGAUGUGGAUGUUCGACUCAUAUCUCAUUGUGCCCUUCGGCGCAUCUAACAGCGGCAUCGAUCGCGUAUCACUCGAGAACGGUAUCUGGCAAGCAGAGACUGAGGUGUUCCAUUUAGACUAUCAUUGUACACCAAUGGUUCUAUCUGAUAAGAGCAUUCUAGAUAUCAGUUACACAGCCGCGAACGUCUCACAGUCAAACGAUGCGUGCCCGAACGAUGUUUGUACCGUCAAGUCCAAAGGAUUGCAGAUUCGAUCGCAGGACGGUUGUGAGGUUCGGAUUCAAGGACCCAUCGAUGUCUGGGAUGGGCUAUUGGUGAUGACGGGUGAGUUCUUUCAGAGCGAUACCUUUUCAACGGAUGGUGGCCUACUCUGGACAAAUAUGUCCUCUGACUACGUGUCGUGGCAAACUCUUGUUGAUGAGUACGGCCAGACGCCGGAAAUUCUCGCUAGUGGGAACAUGGUCCUCGAACAAUGGUCUCGCACUUUCAUACAUAGCUUGUCUGAGCAAUGUGUGGGGCGUGAUCUGCUUCUUGUAUCGCCGCCAUGGAUCGACUAUACCGAAGGUGAACUAGCCUCAUGGGAAAAUCUCACGGUACGAUCUGCUGUAUGCACUCCGCAAUACAACGCAGCUGCCAUGCCAGUUACCGUAUCGACUGGCGGAGCCGGAACGUCCAUCUCCUUUGACGUUUCUGAGCUCGAGCGACGUAGCCAGUCCGUACCGAAAAAAGCUAUUGAUUUUGCCUUAUUGGACGAUAUUUCCUUUCACAACAGCAAUUGGGCCAAGUACAUUACCAUACCGCUUACUGUCCAUGGCGAUUUUGAGGGGAUAUCCACACUUCUUGUAGACAAGUUCGGCCAGAACGUUUCCAGCAUGCUGGAGAGUGACACACUAGAGAUGGAAGCUAGCAUGCUUCGAACGCGUUUCGCGAAGGAGCUCUUGCUAUCGUCUAUCACAGAAUCAGACGUCCUAGAGCUAGAGAGUGCACCUGGUAGUGUUACACACGUGAGGGGAAGGAUUUUGGUUAUUACUGAGAUUGGGAUAACGCUAUCCGUGCUCUUCCUGCUCUUGGCAUGCUAUCUAACAAGCAUGAUAUUUAGCGUAUCGGUCAGACGACGACCGCUAGGCCUCAGAUCGGAUCCUGCGGCUAUUAUUGGGACAGCUUCACUCCUCAAAAUCGAUUUACCUCCUAUGGCUACAUUACAAACACUAGCUGGACAUAGCCGACCACACAUACAAGAGACGAUUGAAUCACGAACUUACAAUUUGCGAGGAAGCAUUCUUUCGGAGGGUACAUCGAAAUGUGAGGCAGUCAAAGCUGAAGGGUCAGACUUACUUGCUAGGAAGAAGGAACUGUCCCCAGGCUCUCCAAAAUCUAAAGCCAGCAUUGGAAACGACUGGAGGCCCUCAAUGCUCCACAAAAGGUGGCUCUUCGCAUUGUUAGCUUAUCUCUUUGCUACUACAGUAGCCAUUUUGAUUCUUCGCGGAUAUGCACGAGAGAAAAAGCUCUCCCGUACUGCAUUCACCUACGAAGUCGAUGUGGGCCUUUUCAACACAACUUUCUCGCCUCACUCCCUUAUAGCUACACUGAUCGCAGUGGGAAUUGGUCUGAGCUGGGAUGGCGUUGACAAGCCUAUGCGGGGUUUGCAGCCAUAUCUCUCUAUGUCGCGAAACCCAGUGGCUCCCAAACGGGGAGCAUCUUUGACGUACCAAUCUUCGUACUGGGUGUGGGCUGCUGUGAAAGCAGCGCUACGCAAACAUUGGAUCCUAUGUCUUGUUGCUGCCGGAACAACUCUGUCACAAAUUCGUAAGUAA